AGUCACGAGUCACAAGCCUCCCCAGUCCCCACCCUUUUGUCUCUGAAAGAAAAAAAAAACCUUUUUUCCUUCAUCUUCUUCGCCAUUAAUUAUUAGGGUUUCCUUAAAUAACAAUACAAAGAACUUUCAAAACCCUAAUUAAAACAUUUAAUUUCAGGUUUCUUAAAUUUCUAUGUCCUGCGGAAAAUCAAAAUCAGGUUUCAUGUCGAGUGAAAAAUUAAUUGAAUGGAGAUUACAACUUCAACUCUCACUUCACACCCAUUUUUAUUAGCUUCUUCUUUAACUCUCAUUUCUCUUUUACUCGCUUUUUUCUCCUUCCGAUUGUCAAAAUCAUCGCCGUCGCGAAUUAAUAAUAGUAAAAUUUGUAAUUGCUGUUGCCACGUUAACGGUCACGGUGUUAAUAUGGUGGUUGCGGCGGUGGCGAAAACGGAGAAGGAAAAGGUUAGCGUGGAUAGGCAGAGUGGCGCGUCUAUGAUGGAGCAGUUGGUGCCGGAGAUUACGACACACGCGCUUAGUUAUUUGGAUUAUCCGAGUUUGUGUAGAUUGUCUAUGACUAAUUCUUUGAUGCGUAAAGCUGCCAAUGAUGAUAAUGCCUGGAAAGCUCUGUAUCACAAGGAUUUUACAUUGGAACAAGACACCGUGACGCCUGUUAAUGGGUGGAAAGCUUACUAUGCAUCUACGAGAGCCAUUGUGAAUGUCAAUGCGGAAUUCUUCAAUAUCAUUAAAGAAAGGGGUCUUCAAGCUAUGAGUCGAGUUUGGUUGAAUGUCGAUUAUGUCAAGUGCAUUCAUGCUUCUGGGGAACUUUUUUCGGGGUAUAAUGCUGUAAUGCAGAGUUGGCAGCUUGCAUUUAAUUGGGAGCAAGGGCUAGACUUUCAGGUCCGGGACGUGCGAGUUCGGGUACUAACAGAUAUGGCUUGGGUUACAAUGAAGGCGUACGUUGACAUGGACACAGGGCCAUUUACCGUAACUAAUGUGUUUGAGUUCCACAACGGUCGAUGGUACAUGGUUCAUCAUCACAACUCAGUGAUGCUUAUUGAUGGAGAUGUGGACCAACAGAUUGUGCAUGCAUAAAAGAGUAAGAAUUGAUAGUAAUUAGUAUAACCUUUUAAAUACUAGAUGGAAAUUAGUCGUAUUUACUAGCAAGAGCAAGUUUCUUGAAUUUCCAAUCUCAGUUUUGCUUCUCUUUUAUCUUUUGUUUUCAUUAAUCUUUUUCUUAUUGUUAAUCCUCCCAUUAUCUUUCUGCUGUAAGUUUUUAUAUUUUGUAUACAGAUAUGUAAUGCACAAUAGAUGUAUUGCUAUCACUGCUAAGAGGUAGGUGCUCCAUCUGAAUUAACCGACUACUUGAAUUAAUCGAAUCGCAAUCCGCUGAUAAUACUCAGCUCAGUUUCGGUUUUA